AUGUCGUUGAUCAGUAGUAUCAAGAAGCUCACCCUUGUUUUGACCUUGGAUGAACAAAAAGAAAAAGUGCUUCUGGGUAUGAAGAAGCGUGGGUUUGGAGCGGGAAAGUAUAAUGGCUUUGGAGGCAAAUUAGAGCCAGGAGAAACAGUAGAAGAAGCAGCUAUUAGAGAAUUAUGGGAAGAGGCCGAAAUCAAAGCGUUGGAUUUGAAGCGAGUGGGUAUGAUCAUGUUUACAUUUGAGAAGGAUCCCGUUGGAUUAGAAGUACAUAUCUUUACGACAACCCAAUAUGAAGGAAAGCCAACAGAGACGGAGGAGAUGAAACCAGAAUGGUUCGAUUACAAGGAUAUACCUUUUCAGUCGAUGUGGGCUGAUGAUCAGCAUUGGUUCCCUUAUAUCAUCGAAUAUCAUCAAGCAUUUACUGGACAUAUUCAUUUUGCCGAGGAUCAAACCACCAUUUUAAAGAAACAUUUGAUCGGCUUGAAAGACGAUGAAGUACUAGAAGCAGGUUUCAAUAUAGAAAAAGUCAUCUUGUAA